UGCCGAAUUCUUUCGCUUCUGGUUGCUAGAUCGGAUUUGCGGCGCUUGAGAUGGAGAAGAGCUUCAAGAUCAGGCUGCUGUUAGGUUUACUCUGCUCUUUCGUUCUGCUUCUUUGGCUCGCAUUGUGUUUCGUCCUCUGGAAGAGAAUGAUUUUCCGCAGCAAAAGCGAAUCCUUGGAGGCCGGCGGCGAGGGAGGUGGGGCGGGGGAGGAUGUGGAGGCGGAGGAGGGUCUGGUGAAGUUCGCCGGGGGAGAGUGCUUGACGGUGCACGACAUCUUGGACGCGCCGGGGGAGGUGGUGUCGAAAUCGGGCUACGGGACGCUGUACAGGGCCAGCAUCGAGCAGAGCGGCGCGGUGCUUCUGCUCCGUUUCGUGCGGCCGGCUUGCGUGGCACGGAUUGAGGAGGUGCUGCCGGCGAUCCGGGUGCUGGGGGCUAUCCGGCACCCGAACGUGGUGCCUCUGCGGGCGAUGUACGUCGGACCGCGAGGGGAGAAGCUCUUGGUGCAUCCGUUCUAUGCCGCAGGGUCGCUGAAGCAGCUCCUAAGAGCUGGUGUUGCAGAAGCAUACCGAUGGGAUAUCAUCUAUAGGAUAUCAAUCGGCAUUGCCAAGGGAUUGAACCAUCUCCACACGGGUCUGGAGAAGCCCAUUGUGCAUGGUAAUCUCAAGAGCAACAACAUUUUGAUUGAUGUCGAUUACCUGCCUCGCCUUUCGGAUUUCGGUUUGCACCUUAUCUUGAAUCCGUCGGCGGCGCAGGACAUGCUCGAAGCCUCUGCAGCUCAGGGAUACAAAGCCCCCGAGCUGGUCAAGGUCAGAGAUAUCAGCAAAGAAACCGACAUUUACAGCUUCGGAGUGAUCCUACUGGAGAUGCUCACUCAAAGGGAUCCUGUCAGCAACAGCAAAUUCUUAGAGUCCAAAGAUUUCCAUUUGCCCAGUUCCCUGUUAAAUUUUGUCCUUGAGCACAAAGUCUCCGAUGUUUUCAAUUCUGAGCUCCUAAAUCAGAGCAUAGAUCAAAACUCCACCAAUGAACAAGGCCUAGUGAUGCUGUUCCAAUUGGCAAUGGCUUGCUGUUCCCCUCAACCUUCUGCGAGACCAGAUAUCAAGCAUGUCAUCACUCAACUCGAAGCCAUUGUUCUCUGAUCCUCAAUGCAGCAAUGCAGCUUGCUGUCGCAAAGCAAAUGGUUGCUCAUAGUGCCAAGAAGAUGACAAAACCUUUCAUUGCUUGAAACAAUGAGUUGUUCCAAGUGCCAUGAAGAAAUGACAGAAUCCUUUAUUGCUCGAAAGGGACUUGUAUGUUUCACUUGUGAUCGGAUGGCUUAGGAAAGCAGUUAGCUGGGAUGUGGUCUCCACUCUCCAAUGUGACAUCCAGUGCCACCAGCAUGGAUCAAGGUGGUUGCUGUAUGGUUAUGACAGGUAUCUUAAAUUUUACAGUGAAAGUUGACACCAGAACAGACGGCUCUUUAAAUGCCAGAAUGGGCUCACAAGCUGUCUACUUGCAGAUGAAAACAAAGUUCAAUAACAUCGCACUGUUGACCUUUCUUCACACCACCAGUGGAAUACAUCUGACUCAACUGUACUUACUGCAAUCACACAAUAAGGGCUAAAUGUGAUUGGUGGAUACAAUCUUCUGUGGUAUAUACAAGGUCUGGAUUGAAAGGAUUGUGAUACAUAUGUUAAAUUAGAGGAUGGAUCUAUAAUAGCAUCUAGUUAUCAUCGAACCAAAACUACCCAAUCAAUUUGGGAGCAUUCUAUGCUUA